GGCCGCCAUCCUGCGAUACCAGAACAAUCGUCGCAUGGAUCCUGAGAGACGCGAGGUCUUCAUGAGGUAUCUAGCAUACGGAGGCGUCGAUGUCGGUCCCAAGAUGUUCACCGGAGUGGAUGAACAAGAGCUCCAGAAACUUGAUAGUGAGCAAGUUCUUAUUGCAAAGGGGCAGGCGAACAUCCGCCAGGAGUGUACAAAGCUUACAGUCGACUUCAACACUGUUGUGAAGGGAUACCUGACCUCCUACUUCCCAUACUUUUUCAAUCCUGAAACCGAGGACAUGGUGAAGCUAGCCACUGUCACGAUCCGAAAUUUCCUCUCCUAUCUCCUCUGCCAUGAGGUGUGCCCCGAGUACAAAGAGAAUAUCGAUGAGGCGCGCAGGUCGUGUGACAUCGCAGCCAAAGAACUGUGGCAGAAUCAGGAGUUCGCAACCUCCAGCCCCGGAGAUUUCAACAAGGCCUGCUCUACUCUCUUCGGUGGCUUCUUCUACGAUGUGAAUGUCGAGGAAAAUAAUUGGAACAACCGAAACAACGGAAACUUUCUUAUGAGAAACGACGUCGCGCGUAAAGUGGUUAAGUUCGCGAUGGCUGGUUCGGGAACAGAUGCCAUGGCCCUUCGAUUCCAGACGUUGGCUAACCAGAAUACAUUGCAUUCGACACUUGUGCCAGAUAUUCACGGCUUCGAGGUGAUUACAGUCUUCCCUCCCACGCCAGAGAUUCGUGAAUUCUACAGACAACACGCACCUGACCUCAACCCUGUUGGACGAAUGGUCGGUAAAGCGUACCGUGAUCCUGGAAAGCCUUGCUAUGAUCUAAGUGCAGAGGAAAGAUUGUUAUGGGAAACUGGGACUGCUUCGAUGCCUGAUUUUCAAUUUUUCCUGGAAGAAAAUCUGCUCAAGCUCUGUUAUCCCAAGAUGAAAGUGAUCACUCCGGUGUGGGAACUCAACUGCGGAUUUAACUUCUUUGAAGACGUUCAUACUGUUUACAGCUCAAUCUACACUGUUCUCUGCAACGAUCUUAUGCUGGGCUAUAAGCAGUUAGUCGACUUGACUGGAAAAGAACAGGACGAUGCUGAGGAGAUCGAGGAGUCGAACGGUAAUGGUGUUGAGAAGAACGAGAUAACGCUGUAA